AUGCCAGCAACCACAACUACAAUUAGUGAUCUCUACAACUCCAACUCCAACCCUAGCGACAACUCCAACGCCAACCACACAGACAAGUCCAACUCUAACCACAGUGACAACACCGACUACAACCACAUUGACAACUACAGAAACAAUUUCAACUACAAAGACGACUCCCGUCUCAUCUACAGAAACUACUCCUGUUUCUACCACAAAAACAACUCCACCUUCAACUACAAAAACGACAAAAAUCUCUACAACAAAGACAACCCCAGCUUCAAAUUCAAAGACAACCCCAGUUUCAACUACAAAGACAACUCCUGCUACAAAAACUACUCCUGUUUCUACCACAAGGACAACUCCACUUUCAACUACAAAGACAACCCCAGUUUCAACUACAAGGACAACUCCUGUCUCAUCUACAAAAACUACUCCUGUUUCUACCACAAAAACAACUCCACCUUCAACUACAAAAACGACAAAAACCUCUACAACAAAGACAACCCCAGUUUCAACUACAAAGACAACUCAUACAACUGCACUUUCAACUACAAAGACAACCCCAGUUUCAACUACAAAGACAACUCCUGUCUCAUCUACAAAAACUACUCCUGUUUCUACCACAAAAACAACUCCACCUUCAACUACAAAAACGACAAAAAUCUCUACAACAAAGACAACUUCAGCUGCAACAACGAAGACAACUCCACUUUCAACUUUAAAGACAACUACAAGGACAACUCCUCUCCACCUUCAACUACAAAAACGACAAAAACCUCUACAACAAAGACAACCCCAGUUUCAACUACAAAGACAACUCCCGUCUCAUCUACAAAGACAACUAAAAUACAACCCCAGUUUCAACUACAAAGACAACUCCUGUCUCAUCUACAAAGACAACUAAAAUGUCUACAACGAAGGCUACAAAAACUACUCCUUUUCAACUACAAAGACAACUCCUGUCUCAUCUACAAAAACUACUCCUGUUUCUACCACAAAAACAACUCCACCUUCAACUACAAAAACGACAAAAACCUCUACAACAAAGACAACCCCAGUUUCAACUACAAAGACAACUCCCGCUACAAAAACUACUCCUGCUUCUACCACAAGGACAACUCCACUUUCAACUACAAAGACAACCCCAGUUUCAACUACAAAGACAACUCCUGUCUCAUCUACAAAAACUACUCCUGUUUCUACCACAAAAACAACUCCACCUUCAACUACAAAAACGACAAAAACCUCUACAACAAAGACAACCCCAGUUUCAACUACAAAGACAACUCCCACAACUGCACUUUCAACUACAAAGACAACCCCAGUUUCAACUACAAAGACAACACCUGUCUCAUCUACAAAAACUACUCCUGUUUCUACCACAAAAACAACUCCACCUUCAACUACAAAAACGACAAAAACCUCUACAACAAAGACAACCCCAGUUUCAACUACAAAGACAACUCCCUCUACAAAAACUACUCCUGCUCCGACCGCAAAGACAACUCAACUUUUAACUACAGAGACUACCAAAAUCUCUACAACACAGACAAUUCCAGUUUCAACUACGAAGACAACUCCACUCUUAACCACAAGGACAACUCCACUUACUACUACAUUCUCUCCGAGUUCUACUUCUCUAGAACCAACUGUAUUAACUCCAAUGUCUACAACUUCAGUGUUUACAACGCCAUCUUCAAACUCAAUUUCCACAAAUGCCAUUUUGUCCACAGUGACACCUAUAUCUACUACUGA